CAUACAAAUUUGAUACGCUACAAACUUAUCCCUGUUGGAGAGGUGUGAAUUAUUGCUUUGAAGGAGGGUGUCCGUCACGUUCCAGGAAUCGAGCGAGCUGUUGGCUUCUGAUCGAUUAACGCUGAUGGUCCCAGCAAAGUUUUUUGGCAGCAAAGAAGAUGGCUAAAACUGUGGGUGACUUCCAGCGUCCUAGUGCCAGUUGUAGUACUCCAGGACCUUCCAGUCGGCAUGAGAAGAGUUUGGGGCUACUGACCACGAAGUUUGUGUCACUGUUGCAAGAGGCAAAGGAUGGCGUCCUGGAUUUGAAAGCGGCUGCUGACAUACUUGAAGUGAAACAAAAGAGGCGAAUAUAUGAUAUCACUAAUGUUCUUGAAGGGAUUGGCUUGAUAGAAAAAAAGUCAAAAAACAGCAUUCAGUGGAAAGGAGUUGGUGCUAGUUGCAAUUCGAAAGAAGUUUUGGAGAGACUAAAAUACAUUAAAACAGAUAUUGAAGACCUUAAACUUAAAGAAAAAGAAUUGGAUCAGCAGAAAAUGUGGUUACAGCAAAGUAUCAGAAGUAUUAUGGAUCGCACAUAUGGCGGCAGAUUUACCUAUGUUACUCAUGAAGAUAUUUGCAACUGUUUUGCUCGAGAUACACUUCUUGCUAUUCAAGCACCUUCGGGUACACAGCUGGAAGUACCAGUUCCUGAAAAGGGUCACUGCGGACAAAAGAAGUAUCAAAUCAGUCUUAAGAGUCGUUCAGGACCAAUCCAUGUGCUUCUGAUUAAUAAGGAAUCAGAUUCUGCAAAGCCUGUGGUGUUUCCAGUCCCUCCACCUGAUGAUUUAGCUCAAGCACCGUCUCCAGCAUCAUCUCCACUGGCUUCACCAAGGACACCUCCACCAGUAAGACAUCCAGCUGAACACACCUGUGUUCAAGAUUUGCAUACAAAGCACAGAUCAUUUGUUGGUACACAGGCUGCUGGAAUCAGUUCACAACAAGACACUCCUCCCUCAAAAGCCUGUUUGCCAGAAACAGUGAUGUACCCAGCUGUUGAAGUAAAUACAAGUACUGUGAAUUCUGCAGACUAUUGUUCUGUUUCUCCACUGUGUAACAGUACUUUAAAGGCGCGCACGUUUGGACAGAUGAUGACAGAUGAAACUGGAGUUUUUCCUCUUUUUCGACUUUGUCCAACACCUGAAGAGUACAGCUUUAAUCUAGAUGACAGCGAAGGAGUCUGUGACUUAUAUGAUGUACAGAUAUUGAACUAUUAAUUACUGGGUUGGAUGUAUUCCUACUUCUGCUCUUGACCCUUUUCAACAAAAGUGUACUUACCCAGUAUGUUAUGGUACCAGUGACGUUCACAUGGUUUUAAACUGCCAACUGUAUUACUUAUCCAGCUGGAAAAUUUCAGAGAACAUUUGAAGAAUCCACUCAUUUUAAAUGCUUUUUUUUGUUUACUUGUCUUCCAUGAUCACUGACUGGUCAUUAACAUAAUGACUUUUGCUGCACAAAUUCCUUGUAUGACUAACGAAGUAGAGGUGGAUGUAAGUUACCUUGCCUGAUUUUUUUUUUCAGUAAUUGGAAGCUCAUUCUUAUACAUGGAUGCCAUCUCAUACUUGUACUGUAAAACUGAUUGCACUAGUGUGCAUUCGUGGAAUUUAAAAAGUUUUACUAAAGCCUAAAAUUCUGAUUGCACUUACCCUGGGAUUUAAACUAAACAAUUAGUAAAAAGAUUCCAGUUAUAGGAAGCAGGACAAAGAAUCUUCACUCAUAAAAAUUAAGAAAUUGAAAAAACUGCAGAGCCCAUAUUAGGUGACUUAGAGUGGCAGGCAACAAUGAACAAAGAGCCCAGUCCUGUUGCUGUGAAUGUGACCUUUCUUUCUUCUGCUGCUGAAGUUAAGAUACAUUUACCCCAUCAUGCAAGAUGUUCACUGCAUGCCAUUUUUUCUGUGUUUGACUUCACUGCAUUGCCUCAGCAAGGAUGACCAGAAGAGGAAACCACUUUGGGACUUACUGUUUUUGUUCUUAUUGUUCUUAAGAUGGCAUCACCCACUGCAGUGCUGGGUAGUAGAGCAAAUGUCACUAUUUCAGCUGACUGUAAUGCAGUGGUAGGGGUGCCUGAAUGUCAGCUGCUUGGGAGCAUGGUUCACCUGUAGCUUCUAUAAUUGUUCUGGAAUGUUUUAGUUUACUGCAGAAGGCAACUUGUGCUUUGGCAAUGUUCUUCUAAACCCUUACAUGAAGUAUUGCUUCUUUCAAAGAAGCACAAAAAGACCUGCAUUUCCCUUUCUUUAAGUACGAAGAUUCCCUAACUUCCGAAGACCACGGUGUCCUCUUGUUGUGGAAGUUGAUACUAUCACAUUGUGGAGGGAGAUUCAUUAUCUGUUUCUCCUAGAAGAUGUCUCUCAUUGAGAUGCUCUGUUUAAAUGACAACCAUCUCAAGUGGACUUACCAGAAGGAUAUCAUAGGCCUAGAAAAUAUAUGUGAAUCUCUGAAACUUGAUGUAAUUCAGCUUUUGAUGAACACUGUUCUGUUCACCUACACAAAAGAAAAAAAAAUUCAUAUGAUGAACGAGAAAAGAAAAGUUUACCUUGUUAUAUAAGUGCAGAUUGGUUGGUCCUGCUGUAAGCAACCUAGUUACCCAUACAGGGUCUCGCCUCUGAGUACUAUAUCAAAUGACAGAAUAAAAUCCUUGGGAUUCAUAUUAAUUAAGUCAACAACACAGUAAACUUGCAACACAGAUCAUUUCUGGAAUAGUACUGAUAAUCCAAAUAGCUUGCACAAGCAAUGCAAAAGAAGGUAUUUUUGCACACGGGACAUGCCCUCGUUGCACCCCUCAUCUAGGGUACAAUACCUUGAAUAUCACUAGAGCUUUUAUGUAAACUAACUCCCAAGGUUAUGCAGUUUUUGGGGUAGUAGGAUGACUUCAUGAAAUAGAAUGUUUCUGAACCUUUACAUGUUUCGUAAAUUGUUUAUACAUCUGUUUUUCUACAUGUUAAGGUGGCAAAUUACUAGAUCCACAUGGUGCAUUAAAUUGGAAGAUGUUCUGAAUCAAUUCUAAAAUGGCAUGUGUGGCUCCAAGUCAAAACUUUCCCAUGAUGACAUUACAGUGCUAUGUUUUACCUUCCCAGAGUAUAAAUCACAAAGAAAAAUCUAGCAGAGCUACAUUUUCCACUUUGUGAUACCUUAAACCUCUUGUAUCAGAGGUAACAUGGGAUAUAUGCAAAUUACCCUUUAAGGAUAUCAGGUGUUUCAGCUAAAUGGCAAUUCUGAAUGUCCAUCACUUUUAUUUUUAAGUCUAUUUAUAGACAAUUUAAGACAAUAAAUCCAAACCCUUAAGAUGUG